CCACCCCCACUGAAAAGAAAAAAAAAACGCACGAAGCCAUUCCGAAGGAAAAAGAAAGAAAUCCAUUUACUUUUCCGUCUCUUUCUUUCUCGCAAUCACCCCAGCCACAAUAUCACUAGUACACAUUUUCUUUCCAUUUGUUUGUUGUAUGGGAAAAUCACUUCCCUCUGCACUCACUCUCCAAGAUUUUCCCAGGAUUGUCUUCUUGGACAAGCAGCUCCAGGGUCCCAAAUCCGUCAAACCCGCCGCGUCCACAACCCGAUUCGUGCAGCCCAGGGUGAAGAUGGAGGAGACCUCGGAGAAGACCCGCGUGCCGCUGGCGGAGGUGGUCUCCGACUGCGUCAAGCGGUGGUUUCAGGACACCCUCAAGGAGGCCAAAGCCGGUGACAGCGCCAUGCAGGUCUUGGUGGGUCAGAUGUAUUACAGUGGCUAUGGUAUCCCUAGAGACACCCAGAAGGGACGAGCUUGGAUUAGUAAAGCUUCAAAGAGUCGAUCUUCUGUGUGGAAAGUUAGUGAUAAACAUCCAGGUUACAAUGCUAGUGAUUCCGAUUCAGAUGAUGUGAAGAAUGAUGCCAAGUAGGAUUAAAUGUUCGUUCUUGUAGAAUUAACAAUGACAAAUGUAUUGUUGGAGUGGGCAAGUGCCCAUACUCAGGCUUCGGUAGCACUCGCGCCUGCAAGUUAGUUUCUCCCUUAAUUUUUCUUUAAUUUGUAACCUUAAGUUAUUCGCUGUUGGUGAUAAAAUUGGACGGUGAUAAAAUUGGUGCUUGUCCAAAGAGUAAGUGCCCCUGUAAUUAUACUGAUCUUUCUGUAUGAAUCAUCUUGCCAUUUCUGUUUACAUGGGCUUGAUUUCUUUAUCCUAUCAGCAAUGUAAUGCUUAGCGAGACAAUUACAGAUGUGAUGAAUAAAUAGAACAUAUUCUUCUUGUUGCUACAAUAGUUGGGAUCAUUUUGGCCUUGAUAUUGUUGUACGGUAAGUUUACGCUAUGUUUUUCACUUCAUUUUCUUUAAAGAAUCUAGAUGUAUGUGUAUGUGGUUAAAUAAGGGUGGUUAUUACAUUUGUUGUUCUAGAUUUGGAAUUGCUGUCAGUUGUGCAAGAUGAUUACUAGCUUAUGAAUCUUUCAGUUCGGCCCUCAAAUUAUACAUCAUCUAGCUUGCUACAGCCUUGAAUAUGAUUGAAUACAUUUAAGUUUAAAUAUGACCGGCUUAGCAGGCGAACAGAACUCUUAUUACUUAGUUUUUGUAUCCUUCUGUUUUGCUAGCCUGCAUUUAUCAUUGAUGUGAGCCUUCUUUACCAUGAAUGACACUGGUUUCGAAUAUGUUUCCCAAUACCGGUUCAUGGCAAAC